AUGCCUCGAUCGCAGGAAGUCUUCCCGAAAGACACUACACCACAGAAGAUGGUUCUCAACGUGCUGCAUCAGAUCAGAGAAGCAGAACAGGACACUGAGAUCAUCUACGAACAGGUAGAGCCGGAGAAAGGAGGGUUGGUCUAUCGAUUCCUGAUUGAAGAUGAGGAGGUUGAGCGACUUGCCGCAAGACUUGUGUACAACUCAUUUUCCAGAGUUCUCAGAAUCAAAGUGAUGCCUCCUGAACUCCAUGACGCUCACCAACGGUGGGCGAUAAAUUCCAGCAGGGUAUGGUGCAUUCAAGGGCUCUUAAACCUACAGGAGAGCAAUUUACUGGGUAAUGGAGUAGGAACAACAUUUGCCGGGUUUACGGGAGCAUACACCGGGUCUGCUGCAGAGCCGGAUUUCUUCUUCCGACCUGAUACUAGCGACUUCCCUACCAUCGUCAUCGAGUCUGGAUGGGAAGACUCAAUGCCCCAUCUGCGAGCCGAUAAAGACCUGUGGAUGCUGGGGAAUCAAUCCGUUCAGCUGGUGAUCUUGCUUGGAUGGACCGUCACCGGCGGGGGGACGGUUGGGGGGCGUGCUGAGAUCUGGCGACGGACUGCUGCUGGUGGUGGUGAUGGUCUGACAAGCAAUGAGAUUUCUAUCUUCCCAACUCCUUCACCUGGCUUGGAUAGCAUCAGCUUCACCAAAGGCCAACUGUUCGGUCAAGCAGGGGUUACCGCGCCUCAAACGAUUCUAUCUCUUGAGGUGCAGAUGCUGAGGGAGAUUAUAGGUGAAUUAUACAAUAGGUUGAGUGAGUAA